CUGGGCGGCGCUUCCUCGCUUGGCCGGCGGGUGGCGCUGCGGCGCCCUCUGGCCACGCCCCUCGGCCCGCCCUCCCGGGAGGAGGAGGAAGAUGGCGGCGCUCGGCCCCCUCGGUGGAGGUGGCGGCGGCGGAGCGCAGCUGUCGGCCGGAACUCCCCUGUACGAGGUGUACUACAAGCAGGUGGAUCCAGCCUGCACAGGGCGAGUCGGGGCCAGCGAUGCUGCCCUCUUCCUCAAAAAAUCGGGUCUCGCAGACAUUAUUCUUGGAAAAAUAUGGGAUUUAGCUGAUCCGGAGGGCAAAGGUUUCCUAGACAAACAGGGCUUCUUCAUCGCGCUGAAGCUCGUAGCCUGUGCGCAGAGCAGCCAUGACGUUGCCCUCGCCAACCUGAGUCUGACUCUGCCUCCCCCCAAAUUCCACGACAGCACAAGCCCCUUGAUGGUCUCUUCGUCCUCGGAGGCUCACUGGGCCGUCAGGGUGGAGGAGAAAGCCAAAUUUGAUGGUAUUUUCGAAAGCCUCUUGCCCGUUAACGGUUUGCUGUCGGGGGACAAAGUGAAGCCCGUAUUGAUGAACUCUAAGUUACCUCUUGAUAUCCUGGGAAAGGUCUGGGAUCUCAGCGAUAUUGACAAAGACGGGCACCUUGACAGAGACGAGUUUGCUGUGGCGAUGCACCUUGUCUACCGCGCCCUUGAGAAGGAGCCCGUCCCCUCCGUGUUGCCUCCGCCCCUCAUCCCACCUUCCAAGCGGAAGAAGGUGCCUGUUUUGCCCGGUGCUGUGCCCGUCCUCCCAGCCAGCCCUCCCCCCAAGGACAGCCUGCGCUCCACCCCCUCGCAUGGCAGCGUCACUAGCCUCAACAGCACGGGGAGCUUGUCGCCCAAACACAGCCUCAAGCAAACACAGCCGUCCGCAAACUGGGUGGUGCCACUGACAGACAAGGCUCGCUACGAUGAGAUUUUCUUGAAGACGGACUUAGACCUGGACGGCUUUGUGAGUGGAUUGGAGGUGAAGGACAUAUUUAUACAUUCAGGGCUGUCCCAGAGCAUCCUGGCGCACAUCUGGGCCUUGGCCGACACCAGGCAGAUGGGGAAGCUGGACAAGGACCAGUUCGCCCUGGCCAUGCACCUCAUCCAGCAGAAGGUCAGCAAAGGCAUCGACCCUCCGCAGGUGCUCUUGCCGGACAUGAUCCCCCCGGCGGAAAGGACCACGCCUGUCCAGGACAGCUCAAGUUCUGUCGGGUCGGGGGAAUUCACCGGGGUGAAAGAGCUGGAUGACAUCAGCCAGGAGAUUGCCCAGCUGCAGAGAGAGAAAUUUUCUCUUGAGCAAGAGAUCCGGGAAAGGGAAGGAGCGAUCCGACAGAAAACCAAUGAAGUUCAGGAGCUGCAGAACGAUUUGGACCGAGAAACCAGCAGCUUGCAGGAACUGGAGGCUCAGAAGCAGGAUGCGCAGGGCCGGCUGGACGAGAUGGAUCAGCAGAAGGCCAAGUUGAAAGACAUGCUGAGCGAUGUUCGGCAGAAGUGCCAGGAGGAGACGCAAGUGAUCUCAUCGUUAAAAAUGCAGAUUCAGUCCCAGGAAUCGGAUCUGAAAUCUCAGGAAGACGACAUCAACAGAGCAAAGUCUGAGCUGAACCGGCUACAGCAAGAGGAGACCCAGCUGGAACAAAGCAUCCAGGCUGGGAAAGUUCAGCUGGAAACUAUCAUCAAGUCUCUGAAGUCCACUCAGGAAGAAAUCAAUCAGGCGAGGAACAAGCUGUCCCAGUUGCAAGAGGGCCACCAGGAAGCCAGCCGGAGCAUUGAGCAGUACAACGAAGCCUUGAAUGGGGUCCUUGGCGGUAGCAUGACCAACUUGGCCAACUUGAACGAGGGGAACCCCCAGAGAGACCGGGGCAGGUUUGGGACCUCGCAGGACGAUCCGUUCAAGAACAAAGCUCUGAUGUUCAGCAGUGCCACCCAAGAGCUUCAUACAGACCCUUUCCAGGCAGAAGACCCCUUCAGGUCAGACCCCUUCAAAGGAGCAGACCCCUUCAAAGGCAGUGACCCGUUUCAGAAUGACCCCUUUGCAGAACAGCCCCCCGCAGCAGGAGCCACAGAUCCCUUUGGAGGUGACCCAUUUAAGGAAAGUGACCCAUUUCGGGCUCCUGCGCCAGAGGAUUUCUUUAAGAAGCCUGAGAAAAGUGAUCCUUUUACUUCAGAUCCGUUCUCAAAAAACCCCACGCUGCCCUCGAAACCAAACUUCUUUGAGAACAGCGAUCCUUUCCAGUCGUCCAGCAUCUCCUCUUCGAAGGGGCCAGAUCCUUUUGGGACGCUGGACCCCUUUGGCAGCAGCGCUUUCAACAACGGCGGCAGCAGCGAAGGCUUUGCCGAUUUCAGCCGGAUGUCUAAGCCUCCGGCUUCUGAUCCGUUCUCCUCCUCUUUUGGCGGCUCUGCUUUCUCGGACGACCCUUUUAAGAGUAAAGUAGAGACUCCUGCCCUCCCGCCAAAGAGAAACAUGCCUCCGAGGCCCAAACCGCCCAGUGGUAAAACUCCUCCUGUCAGCCAAGUCGGGUCUUCUGAUUUUGACAAGCCCCCUGAUCCAUUUCAGCCGUUUGGGGCUGACAGCAGUGACCCGUUUCAGAGUAAAAAGGGGUUUGGGGACCUAUUUAGGGGAAGAGACCUCUUUCCUUCCUCCUCUUCGAGUAAACCUUCCAAAGACUCUUCCAUGGGGUUUGCUGACUUCAGCUCUCUCGGCAAUGAAGAGCGGCAGCUGGCCUGGGCAAAGCGCGAGAGCGAGAAGGCAGAGCAGGAGCGGCUGGCGCGGCUGAGGAGGCGGGAGCAGGAAGACCUAGAGCUGGCCAUCGCCCUCAGCAAGGCUGACAUGCCGACGACCUCGUGAAAGGCCAGGGUGCCGCCAGCCCAGUGGAGCCGUCUCUGGGGGUACCUCUUCUAGAUUCUUGCUCUUCCCCAAACCCUCCUCCACAACAGCCCCCCUGCCCCCUGUUUUUCAUAUGACGAAGUAAAUUGCCUAACGGGACCGUGUUGGGGGGGCUUCCCAGCUCCUCCUGGCAAAGGACACAGCCCUUUGAAAAGAACUUGCACAGGUUGAAAUGUCUGCUUGCAAGCCACAUAAUUUGCAGUGGCCCGGCUGGGCGGGGUCUGCUCUCCCUCCCCCCGCUCUGCCACUGGAGAAACUGCAGAGAAGCUCUUACCCCUCGUGAACUCACACUUGCCCUCAGUCUGUAUUUGCCUUUGCUGCCCCCCAAAAAGAUUUGUAGCCUAAACACCACCAUUCUGGAUGCUGCCACUUGCUCACUCCUGACUUUAAGAAAAAGAAAAGUGUCAUAUUCAUAAAGUGAUCACUUUGCUUUCAUUUUGCCGUUACUAAGUCUCUUUCAGUUUCCUUCCUUUGGCCAGGUUUCUUGCUUAUCUUAAGAGAGGAUUAUCUUCUCCCCUCCCUCCCCAUUCAUAUAUGAGAGGCUUGGGUCUUGCAGGAUUGUGCCACCACUUCAAAGCCUUGGAUUGUGGAAUGCCCAUCCAUCCAUAAGCUUGCCCUGCACGUAGAAAGCUAGCAUUUCGAGGAGAAGGGGUCUGAGCCAACUUCCCCCCCCAUAGUGUGAUGGGGGGGGGAGCGGCAAGAGAUGUGGCCAGUUAUGCCUUUUGCAACAUAUUGUGUGGCGUCCUUUUACCUCUGCAGCCUGGAAAAAAAAAACCCGUUUGUAAUACUCUUUUUGAUUGCCCAGGAAAACUAGCUUCUAACGGCUUGCUCUGAAUCCUCCGAAGGGAGCGUAACCAACACCAAUUCAUAUUGAAACCAGGGGAAACUAAAUACGUUGUGGGUAAGGGCAGGUCAGCUCUCCCUCUCUCUUUCUCGGUAUUUUGCCUGAAAAACAAACAACAUCCUGGAAAGCCUUGUAAUGCUUUUGUGCAUUUGCAUACAGUAUGUUGAUUUUUGCGGACAUAAUUUGCAUAUUUUGUUUUGGUGGGGCAAGUUGAGUGAGGCUGGCAGACGCCACACUUGGGGCUGUGGGCUGUUUCCUUUGGGACGUGGCAUUGCCUUUCCCCAUCUUCCUCCCCCGCCUUGGACUCUGUGUGCGCGCCUGUCUCUGUGCAUGGUCCCGCUGGGCAGCUCCGCCUUGUGCAGGGUGGGUGGGCUGUCUGUUCCUGGGGUGGGGGGCACCUGUGAGGCAGCUCCUCGUCCUGCAAACAUGGCUCAGUGGACUUCUCCUGAUGCCAGGUGAGGGCAGGGGCACUCCCAACACGCAGAAGGAAAGUCCAGUUGGGUAUCCCUCCCUCCUCCCCAGGCGUCAGCAGCAGAGCCCCCUUUUCCCCAGGGGGUACAGACCUCUGGCCUCUUUGGGAGCUGGGGCUUCCCACACCCUGUUGUGGGGCCUGCAGUCCAGAGAGGGGCUGCUGGUGUGCUUCGCUCAGUCUUGCUGUCUUGUCCUUGCAUUGCCUUGCUUUGUUUUUUCCGUGUUCUUGGAGAGGUUGUGUCUGGGUCUGUCGACCUUUGCUGGCCUGUUUGUGUCCAGGGCUGACGCUGCCUUUGGGGCUGAGCACUCCCCUCCUUCCAGCUCUCCCUCCCUUCUCCUCUUGUCUGGCUGGGCACUGUCCUUGGAUUUCUGCCCUGACUUUGCCAUCCUCUUGGGGGUGGGGGGUGGGAGGCUUCUCUCACCUCCUUGCUCUGACUGCAGGGACCAGCUGCAGCUUCUGAGCCGGCUUGUCCAUCCUGCCACCCGUCCUCAGACCAAGCAAUAUCAGGGCCACCCUUGCCUGCGUUGUGCCUGGCCAGCGAAGACAUCCUGCAUCCGCCACUCGGGCAGGAGAGGCCCAGACACAGAAGCACCCAAAGAUUUCAGAUGCCCCCUUGAAUCCACCAGGUCCUUGGGGUGUGGGGCUCAGCCAAGUGAUCAAGGUUGAAUGUUGAGGCUCCAGGGUAAAGGCGGGCCUUCCACGUCUGGCUGAUCUGCGGAUUGAGGAAAGGGCCGUGCAGCGCACCUGACCACCUCUGGCGACGCAGCGAGAGCCAAAUCUCGGCCUUCCUCCUUGUGGAUCCCCUUCAGCCUGCAAAUAAGAUGUGUGUUCAAGUCUGUAGAUACGUUAUCAUUAUUACCAUUAUUCUUUUUUUUUACACGUGUAAAAAUCUGUCCUACACCUUAACUGCCUCUUGGGCACCCUCCCAUCACUUAGCCCAGGCCCGUCUUUGUGCGCGCGCUUGCAUACGCACACAGAGUUGGGGAAUUCCUGCAGCCCUAUUUGUGGCUCCCUGUUAUGGGAUGUAAUUAUAUAUUGUACAUACAGAAAUAGUAUAUAGUUUGUGUGUGUGUAUUUGUGUAUAUUUACUCCAUAGAUCUGGGAGCAAAAGAACAAUUCUUGUAGUUAGAAUUUCAAGAUCCUGCAAAGGGCAGGGAGUCUCUCUCUCACCUCAAAUCCUGCCAAAUGCUUCUCAAGUACAGGGAAGAGGGAAGGGUCCCUGCGCACCCUUGCAUGGACAGAUGGACAGACAACACCUUUCCCGUAAUUGUACUCGCCUCUGGCGAUGCAUACCCUUCUCAGUUGCUCUUCGGGCGGGGGACUCUUCAUCCUAGGUCUGUCUGUUUGUGUUUUGAGUUUUUUGUUUCCUUUACUGCUGGCAAAAUUGGCUACAUGAGGAGGAAGAGGAAUGUUCUGCCUUUUACAUGGAAGAAAAUGAGUCUGAUAACCCCACCAUGAAGCCCCCAGAAUUACUUGUAGCAACCGCUUGGAGGGAUGGGCAAAACUGCCACCGGGGUGGGGGGCUGCCAGUCAGGAAGGUCACUGAACAGCAACGAGGCUUGCAAAAGCCCUCCUUGGCAUGACUCCAGGGUCACAUCCACACUAUCCAUUGACAACAGUCUCAUAGCGCUUGAACAGUCAUAGAGAAUCCUGGGAACUGUAGCUUGUUAAGGGUACUGGGAACUGUAGCUCUGCGAGGUCAGCAAACUAUAGUACCCAGGAUUCUUUGGGAGAAGCCGUGACUGUUAAAGAGUGGGUGGGUGUGGAUGUGACGCUUGUCUCAGUUGCUAGCGUCUCCACUGCUGAUGCGCCUGGGGAGCUGUUCCCCUCCCCCAAGCCCCCACUCUGUUUAUUUGUUUUUUAAUUUUUUGAAAUUCAUUUUCAGUGAAUAAAUUUCCCCCAAAGUGGGGGCGAGGGAACCAAAAAACAACAACCCAAAUACAUGUUGAAGCAUCAGAAAAUAAAUUACACUGCAUUUACACCUUUUUCCUUCUAGGUUACAAAUAAAAUAAAGGUAUACUGAGGGCACAGUAUCCUGCUCAGAAGGGAUGUAAGGGAAAUUGCUCCCAUUGCCAAACCCCAUUAUCAUGUGUAAAACAUUGCCACAUCAAGAAUUCUAAACACGAAGCGACCCGUCUGGAGGAUUUCUGUUGUUCUCUGUAUGAUUCACACAGUUGAUAAACUCAAACCAGUCUCCAAUAGAUUAGUCCUCCUUCACCUGGCCAUGGUGAGCUUUCAGAUUUUUGGUGAUUUUUUUCUGCCACACUUUAUUAUGGUCACAGUAGGUUAAAUUGGGUCCCUUCCGUCCAGUGUUUGGCCACUGUUCAUCCGGCUGACGUGAGCAGUUGCCGCAGAAGCUGUUUACAUUUAAGGUCAGCACUGCUGCCAAUAAACAAAUCCCGAAGUGCCAGUUGGGGAGUUCUGUCCAGUGGCUGAGCGACGUUUUUUUUGCAGUUAGUCAAAAGCACUCACCACAUGUGAAAAAAUAUGCCUCUCUUCUUGCACCGUCGCCAGCAUAGAGGAGAGGCAGCAAAAGAAAUGCAGGAUAGCUGCACUGGCGUCAUGUGCCACCUGUGGGCUAGUUUUAGCAUACUGUAUGUUUCUUGAUCUGUGUGACUGGCAUUUGAAGUGUGGGUUUAGUCCACCAUUUGAUCCACUCCUGUGGGUCAGUUUCCGCUCUGAAAUCGGCUUCCCACAAUUUCUGGCCUGCAUCCUAUAGAGUGAGGACUUUUGCUGUCUCCUUGUGUACAUGCAACGGGGUGGACCGCUGCCCUCCAGAGCAGAAGCCCUCCAGUUUUGUCUUGUGUACUGUGUGUGUGUGCAUGUGCCUAUCCUUAUUUGUGCCUCACACCCUUCAGCCUCCGCCCCCAAGCUGAGGUCCCAGCCAGCUCUUGCCAUUAUAGAUGUGCCAUGUUCUGGCUGGGGAGGGAGGGGACCCCCCUUUCUACCUUUCACUGGUUGUUAAGAGACUAUAUCCUGGUUUCUGUCCACGGUUCCUUCUUCCUCUUCCACAGACCCACAAAGGCACGUGUUGUCCUUAAUCUGUGCUGAAAUAGCUUGUUGAUUGGGGCAACCCCUGUAGCCCAAUCGUGCUCUUUGCUCACCUUUUACAAAGACGGCUGCCCUUUUCCUCCACACACUCUUUCGUCCUCUGUGACAGAGGAGAUCCCCCUCUCUGGAACCCAAUAUAGACCCCCCCCAUUUAAGUUGGUCAUGCCCAUUUGAUUUCAGCGCCUCUCCCCUCAAGUCUGCUGGAUAUGUACAACCCAGCGAGGUCUUGAGUUCUUUUUCUUAAAACAAGCUGCUGUCUUGCAGUGUUGUCUGCUUCUCUUUGGGUAGGAGCAAUGGUUUGGGUGGGCGGGCUUCUCUUUGCCCUCCUCUCCCUGGUUUAGGAGUAGUAAACCUUGCCGAGAGGGGCCGGCCACUGUGCCAUGCCCUACUUGGCACCAGGAGGGUCACCCUGAUGGGCUCUCAAAGGUGGCAAAUGCAUGGUGAGUGGCUGGGAGGGGAAGUUUCAAACACAGUUUGGUGGGGGUGGGUGGGCAGGGUGUUCUGCUGCUGAGGGCACAAAGAGCAAGCAUGUUCUUCAGAUCCUGGCUGUGUUGACCCCCUCCCCCCACCAAAUCUAGUGGGGAGAAGAGCCUCCCAGAGGCUGGCAAAUGUAUAUCCAAACAUGCACGUGAGUGUAUCGUCUAACAAAACGGGGUGGUGGUGGUGUGCCGGGGUGUUUGAAUGUUAACCCAUGCUCUGUGUUCAUUGUUUAAUAUAAGAGAAAUGUUAUUGUUUAAUAUAAUAAAUGAAAAGGUUACUUAUUUUGGAGCAUUU